AUGAGUAGCCUGCGGUCUCUGCUGCGCCGCUGCUGGCUGCCGUCCCUCCUGCUGCCGGCGCUCCUGGGCCCCCGCCUCGCCGCCGGGGUGGCCCUGCAGCCCAUGCACUGCGCCCCGUGCACCCAGGAGAAGCUCGCUCUCUGCCCGCCCGAAAACGCGCUCCGACCUGUGCGAGACUCUACCGAACCUGAGGAUAUGCCUUUGGAAAGCACUGAAAUGACACAGGAUCAGCUGCUGAACUAUCAGUUGAUGUUUCCCAUAGGCCAGGACAAAUCCAUCCCCUGGAAUGCCAUCACUGCAUAUGAAAACAUGAAAGCAAAGAGAGUAUCUGAACUCAAGAAAUGGAAAGAGCAGGGACCUUGUCAGAAGGAGCUCUACAGAGCCCUGUAUAAAUUGGCGAAGGCACAGCAGAGAAGCGGAGGGGAGAUUUACAAAUUCUACUUGCCCAACUGCAACAAGAAUGGACUUUACCACAGCAAACAGUGCGAAACAUCACUGGAUGGAGAGUAUGCUGGAUGCUGGUGUGUCUACCCCAAAAAUGGAAGAAGAAUUCCUGGAUCUCCAGAAAUGAAAGGAGACCCCGAAUGCCAACAGUAUCUCAACUCACAAGAAUAA